UAAUGACGUAUGCUUGUUCAACCGGAUGUGCGCAGUUGUUAAUGGAUAAUUUUUAACAAGUUUAAUCUGAUUGAAACCCGUUUGGGCCUGUAGAGGACACCUGGACUGACAUGACUGGUUUGAUAAGUUCAGGAAGCAUUGUGCUCUGGCUGUUCCUGGCUUACAGAUGGGACACAGUGACCUGCCAGUCCAGAGUCCAGGUUUACAUUGGAGACGACGUCCUGCUGCCGUGCCAAUACAGCAUACCUCCGUCUGAGACCGUCUCCGUCUUCUGGAGGGACAAGGACGACAGCGUCGUGCUGGACAUCAGACAGAGCGUAGCAGACCUUUCAACCCAGAACCAGAAGUUCCGUGGUCGAGUGUUUAGCGACCAGAGCUUGUACAAAAAGGGGAACUUCUCUAUUGAGGUGAAGAAUGUGCAGCGGUCUGACGGUGGUCAGUAUGACUGCAACAUCCCGAGUAAGAGCUUCAAGCAUAGCGUCUCGCUCACUGUCUCAGGUGAACGUGUUGCAACAGUAGGACCCACCGUUGGAAAUACAGCGGUAACACUAAAGUGCCUCCACACGCUUCUUCUUCUUCUGUCUUUGAUAUGUUAUUGUUUUUAAGGAGGCAGGAAGCCACAUACCUGGCAGCUUUGACACUAAAGUAUCGAGUGUGUAAAGAAUAUAGUAUGAAGAAAAUAGCUUUGAUUUCAUGAAUUAAUCAGACUUCACUCAUCAGCUCUCAUUUAAUCAGAGAUAAUUGAAAGUAAUCCCAAAGUCGCUUAUUUAUUUUAUUUGUACCAUUCUGGGGAUUUAACAACCAAUAAUUCUAAUAUUUGCUACUAUUGCGAGCUAAAUAGCACCUUACGAACAUUAAAG